AUGCCGGGGAUCGGUGACAGCAGGCAUUUUCUCAACCCCCCUUCGCCGUCGCCCGUGAUCGAGUGGUCGCCGACGCCAUCGGCGCAGCCUCGACGCCUCGCACCUCGACCUCGGGUGCUAGUACCCGCGACGCCGGAGCCAUCUCAGGCGUCCAGUUUGGUCCAACGCACGCAGACGCAGCGGGGGGCACGCCGGCAGGCGGGUAGGAGCGCGCCAGGCACGCGCUUCCGCUUCUCCGCCGCAAAGUAUUUUAUGACGUACUCUCAGAUAGGUGACGUCGACAACGGCACUUUGUGCCGCUUCUUCGCCGACUUCUCCGUGCCUAUCAAGCACUGGAAGGCGGUGGAGGAGCAUCACGUGGACGGUGGACGGCAUUGGCACGUCAUCGUCGUGUUCGAGACCGCAUUCCGUGGUAGGAACGAGCGGAUAUUCGACAUAGAAGGUAUACAUCCGAACAUACACAUCAGCGGCAACAAGGACCUUCUCGCCAAGUGGAAUUACAUCCACAAGGAAGAAGGCGCCGCCUUGCUCGGCCCUUGGGAGGGACCCGAGCCGAUUACCGUCGAUACCGACAUCAAGAAGAAGGACGACCGAUGGGCCCACAUCCUCGAGGCCUCUUCGGCCGACGAGUUCAUGGAACGAGCGCGUGCACUGGCCCCCUACGAUUACACGAUCAACCACGAUCGGAUAAUCAGUAUAGGAAUACCGGAGAUGGAGGAGUGGGUCGAGACCCAGUUCCAUAACAGGGAUAGGCCCAAGUGCCUCGUCCUGUACGGUCCCUCUAGGACGGGGAAGACUCAGUGGGCGCGUGCGCUCAAUCACAUCAUCGCUCGCCAGGAAGGGGUCGACGACCCUUGUCAUAUCGGGCACACAUGUUUAUAUGGGCCAACCAGUUCAAACGCCAAGAAGAUUGACGAGACGGCGAAGUAUAUCGUCCUGGACGACAUCGACUUGGACUAUUUCCCGUCCUAUAAGUCGUUCUUCGGUGGCCAGAAGGAGUUCGAGGUGACGGAUAAGUACGUCAGCAAGAUGACGGUGAGGUGGGGCAAGCCAUGUAUAUGGCUUAGUAACGAGGAUCCGAGGUUGAAGAAGAUAGAUCGACCUUGGAUAGAAGCUAACUGCAUCUUCGCGGAGGUGACCAACCCGCUGUACGAUGUAGAUGAUGGCAAUGUGCCGAUCGUGGAGGAGGAGGAGAGAGCAUAUGGUCCUCUCAUCGAAGAUGAAGACCCAACAGUGUAUCUAGAAGAUAUACCUGUCAUUAGAAAUGGACAGAUCAAUGUAAAUAUUACAUAUUUAAUUUUAAGAGGGACGCCUGCCUUCGCUAGCGUCUUGGUUGAUGAACGUGUCAAUAACGUGAUAUACGUGUGGUGA